AUGCUGCGGCGCAAGAGCUCGGCGUCCAGCAACCCCCCGCCCUCCUACACGUCUGACGCCGCCUCGAGCGCCCCUCCUCCCGCUUUCACCGACUUCCCCGACUCGUACACGGUCAACAAGCAAAGCGGCAUCCUCUUCGUCGACAAUGGCGACCUGCAGGCACACCUCAAACUGCUUGCCGCCUUCAAUGCUUUGCGUCAGAAGGUGGAAGCGGGUUGCAAGGGUGUCGCGGCGGAACUUGAGCCGAAGGCGCGCUGGACGGUCUUCCUGUACGUCGCGGUCUGGCGGAUGGAGCUGUGGCUCGAGCAGAGGGCGCGCGAGCCGGCUGCUUCGCCGUACCCCCCGCUGGACGUCCUGCUCAUCUGGCAUUCCGCUCGGCUCAAUCCAUUGCGCUUUGCCGAAGAUCGUAUCCGCAUUCACGGCGAUGCGAUCAGGCUGACAGACGACCAGCUGAAGCGCAUCGCAAGUCAUAUUCCGCCUCUUCCCGCCUUUGCGUCUUGGGAGGCGCAUACGAGCCAGACCUUCGACCCGAUCCUUCAUUUCGAGGAAACACAAGGCCGGCCGCUCGUCGUCGAAGGCGCCGAGUACUUCGCUCCUUGGGUGACCCGCGAAGGCACCGGCUACGCCCAGCAAGGCUUCCUCGCCAGCGUCACGUUGUCGUCCGGCAACAAGCUCGCCGUCACGCACGAGUCGCUCGGCGCUUCCCGGCUUGCGGAAGAUCUCGUCGCCUGUCAAGCGAAGAACGAUGCCCGAGCGAGUCUUGCGGGGACCGUCGUGUCGACUAUUUCGUGUCCCUCGUCGCCUGCCGAGUCUGCGCAAGCCGUGCGCGUCCGUUCGGCUGUCCAGAAGUCGAAGAAACUCGGCGGUUCGGUUGCCGAGGUCAACAAGCUUUGCAAAUACAGCUUACAAGGCGCACAGGCUGUCCUGCGCACCAUGGUGCUCACAGGUCGCGACAUUACCAACAUCCUCUCGCGCUACACUCGUGGCGAGCCGUUCUCGCUCGACCUCGCGAUGGCAGCUUUGCGUCAAGGCAGUUUCAUCCAGAAGAUGCAUGACCUCGGCUGGCUCGACCUCGACCGCUUCAGCGACGACGACACGAUCUUGUCGCGCUGUGUCGCACGCUAUCACGCUUUCCUCGAUCUAAUCUCGAGCGCGCCGUCUUCCUUCUUCGUCCCGACCCUCGAUAUCGACCUCGCUUGGCACACGCAUCAGCUCAAGUCAAGCUACAUCUCCGACACGAUGAGGGUUAUCGGGCGAGCUGUCGACCACGACGACAAGGUUGCGGAGGGGACGCUCGCGAAUGGGUUCGACAUCACCGCCCAGGCUUGGCGGGCCCGCUUCGGCGUCCCCUACUCGACGUGCGGCUGCCCGCUUCCCUCGCAACCUCCUCUCUCUCGCUUCGCCAACCGGCUCGGCCUCAGCUCGUCGAACACCGCCUACCCUUCCGGUCCCAUUGCCCCCUCAGACGCCGACGCCGACGCAACCCACCCGUCCGAGCACAACUCGCUCGUUGUAGUCGGCCAUCCCGCAGCCGAGCGCGCUCGCCAGCAGCGGCAGAAGGAGCUGGACUCGCGGCGAGUGAGAGACGCCAAGGCAUUGGCGAAGGAUGUCAAGAACGGCAAGUUGCCGGAGUACGAACGUGUGAAGAGGGAGAAGCAGCUCGAGCGGUCAAACGACCACGCUUUCGCCUUCUUCGCGCCGUUCCCGAUAGUACCUAUCUACGGCCCUCUCGGCUUUCCCGCAGGAGCAGGCGGUUGCGCCGCUUCAGACGGGAACCAGGUCUGCCCGCCAUCGACCAACAUCCAGUGCGGGACCGCUUCGAAUGCGCAGUGCGGCGCGGGCGCGAGCGCCGGCGGAUGUGGAUCGACGAGCUGUCCCCCGACGUCUGGCUUCUCGUCCUGCGCGAGCGCGACUCACGGAGGCGGAUCGUCGUCCGCUUGCGGCUCUGGCGGUGGCGGAGGAUGUUGA